UGAAGUCUAACUCUUCCUGUUUGCAUGGCAGAGAGGAUGGCAGGCUGCAGAAUUGACUACGAAUCCCAGCAUACUGGGUGGCUUCUCUGAGCAUUGGCACUGCCACAUUCCUUUCUGCUUCCUGCCAGGGGAUGGGAAAUAUAAAAGGUGAAGUAAGUAGUUUCUUUUUUAAAAAAUUGGAUGCUGCUGCGACAAGCUGCACUGGAGAUUGGAGGGAGCACACACAGUGAGUUUGGCUUGUCGGAGAUAGGAGAUGGCAGAGGCUGAAAGCACAGUUAUAAACACCAAUGUGAAACAGAAAGACCCAAAUGAGGCGCUGGUCAUCGCCGUGACAACCAGGGCCAUCUUCAACCUGGAGGAGGAGCAUCAGCUGUUCCUGACAAAGGGCAAGGAAGAGUAUGUGAAAUAUCAGCAAGUCAAUGAGGAUAAGCCCUUGGAGCAAGGUACAGCCUUCGCUUUCAUUCAGGCUGUGCAGUUUGUGAAUGAGAAACUCCUGGAGAGAAACCCAGAGGAGAAGGGCCUCUUUGAUGUCAUCAUCCUCUCCAACAACAGCCCAGAGAGUGGCAUGCGCAUCGUCAAAAGUGCUAAGCACCAUGGUUUGGAGAUUUCCAGGUUUUGCUUUGUCAGCGAUGAAGAUUCCACCCAGUACUUGAAAUCCCAUAAUGUCAAGCUCUUCCUCUCGGCCGACAGGACAGACGUGUGCAAUGCACUUCAGCGAGGAGUGUCAGCGGCUCUCAUCUUCCAGCAGGAGGUGCAGACCCCCAGCACCCAACUGCGAGUGGUGUUUGAUGGGGAUGCCGUGCUCUUCUCAGAUGAGACAGACCGGGUUUUUCGAGAGAAGGGACUGUCGGGGGCUCUGGAGUAUGAGAGGGCAAUGGAAGCCGUGCCCAUGGGAGAGGGUCCAUUGAAGGCAUUUGCCAUGCAUCUUGGGAAGAUGCGCAAGAAGUUCAGCCAGGAGAAUUCCCCUAUUCGCACCUACUUAUUGACUGCCCGCAGUGGCCGGAAUAUGGGCAUCCGUGCUCUCAAGACCCUCCGGGAAUGGGGGCUGGCGAUUGAUGAGGCCUUCUUCAUGGACGGGGCUCCCAAGGGCCCUCUCCUCUCCCAGAUCCAACCCCACAUCUUCUUUGACGAUGGCCUUCAUAACAUCCAGGGGGCUCAAGAUAUUGGCAUACCCUCUGCCUUGGUCCCCUGUGACUGCUGAUGGGCAGGGAUGAAGGGGCAAAGGUCCUCCAAGGAUCAGGCAAUUGGAGAACACAAGGACAAAGCUUCUGCCAGAAGGGAUAAGGGAGGAUUUCUAAACCUGUGCUAAGCAAGCUUAGGGGAGAGGGAGAGAAGAUGCUGUGUGCUGAGGUGGUGCUGGAUCUAUUGCUCUUGGGUCCCUCUCUUAGUUCCAAAGACAGGGUCCAUCUGAUCUUAGGGAUGUGGCAACAGAAGGCCAAAAAUCCACAGGAAGGAAGGAUGCUUGAAAUGUAACGUAAUAGUUAAGUCCAUCUCUUGAUCUGCCUUAGCCGUCUCUUCAGUGACUGCAGCCCUUCCAGCCACUAGGGAUAAUGUGCUCCACCACUUGUGUCAUACAAGCACUGAAACCACAGCUCUAGUGAUGAGACCAUGUGAGCUGAAGACAGCAUGUAACUGUUGUAAGAAACAGGCAAUAUAAGCUCAGGCUGCACUCAGACAUGGGGGUUUGGCUUAGGAGUUUUGGGCAAGUACUGCUGUUCAAAUGCCAAUAACCCUCUAAACGCUGCAUUUGUUGGGGUUUCUGCUUUUUCAAAGGAAACUAUUUUUUUUAGUGUGUAUGUUUUAGAUAUAUGGGGCCAAAUCCUGAGGGAUGCUGAGCAGCUAGUGAGCACUUGCAGCUUCCACUGACUGCAGCAGGAGUUUCAGAUGCUCAGCGCCUCCCAAGAUUUGAGUGCCAGGAACCAGGAGCUCUGUCUUCUCAUAGAUUCUAGUUUGUAGGUAUGUCUUGUACUGGGCCUGAUUCUGAUUUCCUACUGGUAUAAAUCAGGAGUAACUCCACAGAAAUCAGUGGAAUUAUACCAGGGUAAGUGAAAUCAGAAUCCAGUCCAUCAUAUCUAGUAGUUAAUUUAAUGUCAAGCGCUCUCUCUUUUCCUGCCAGCCACGCAGCCUCUCUUCUACUCUCUCCUCUAAAUGGCACAGGAAGAUCAAAUCACUGUCAUUGUAUAAUGCACAACACUGCAAAGCUGCUUUUGCAGUAUCUCGAGUAUGUUUGUGCUGAGAGCAGGGUAAGAAUGGCAAGCCCCACGGUAUAUCUGGUCAUUCACACUUAGGAUCCAAGACAAAUCACGUCCAAUGUUAUUUUCCAGUAAUAAUUUUUUUAAGAACUAAAUCUGGGUUGGUUAUAGCUGCGCACAAAUAUGAUGCAAAGCCCUCAUAUAGACAUAAUAUACAUAGGAUACUAGGGUUAUAUCCUCUGUGUGUGUGUGUAUUUACAUAUAUAUAGUUAUAAAUUAUGGGCCAGUUUCUCAGCUGGUGUAAAUCUGUGAUAGUUCCUUUGACUGGAGGAACUAUGCCAACGUAUCUGAGAAUCUGGCCCUACAUGUAUGAUGCUACAGUAAUGAUCUAGCAGUCCAAUUCCUGUGUGCUCUUGCCAGCAGCUGUGCUUUGAUUUUAGUGCUUGGAUCUCAGCAAACUAUUCCAAAAGGGGCAGGAAGACUCAAAAAUAACAGCAGAGUAUUGGGGUAGGAGAGGGCUUAGCUGAGUGCCUUAUUCUAAGCACACUGCAUUACACAUUCCUUGUUUCUUCUGGAAUAAGUGUACAUUAGCCUUUGUUCUUGCUGGCUAUAACAGGUGCAGCUGGUUACACUGGGGCAUUGUUCUUGCUGGCGCUGGUGUAUCUGAGGCCUGGUUUGAGCAGUUUUGGAUAUGUUUGGGGUUCUUUUUAAUGGGCAGGAAGCAGUAGGAUGGAGCCUAAUUUAUAAUUGCUAACCUGCAGUUUCUUUCCCAGGGCUGAAUUUUGGCCUUUUGUCUAUGCGCACAUUCACCACCAGAGGCCACCAUGCUGCUCCUUACUGAAACAGAUUUCAGAGUGAUAGCUGUGUUAGGCCAUGGCUACACUUAACAGCUGUACAGCAC